GAUAUAUAUGUGGCGAAAGAUCAAUGUAAAGUUGAUAAGUCAUAUCGGAACGUUUGCCUCAUGGCGAAACCACUAUUAUAAUUUGACAUAACAAUUCCAUAAAUUUUUAAUCGCCAUCCCAGCUCCGAUACAUUAAUAUUUUCAUUAAAAUGGCAAAUAAUAUUGAAAAGUUCAUCAAACUUAUAAACAAAAGAUUAGAUGGGCAUAAAGUUUUCAACUUUGCAAACAGUUUUAAGUUAAAAAAUGUACGAGACAUGUAUAAAAAAGUAACAAACGUAAAUGCAAUAUUCGAAAAUACAAUGAAGAAAACGCGAAAUCAUGUUACGAAUAGUAUCAAUAAUGCUACCAUUAUACAAGAUUUGAAAGCCGUACCAAUGAAACCAGAAAAACCAUUGCCACACAGACUCGUUACUUGGUGGCAAUGGUAUCAACAAUUGGUAGGUCUACAUACUGUGGAGAAAUGCAGACAGCAAGUACUUUUAAUGCAAGAUCAUUUAUGCAAAUGCCAAGAGAAGAGACGUUAUUUUCGUAGAGAAUUGUUUAUAAUAAAUAAUAAGAUGAAAGAAAUAUAUGAUGAGUUGCUAAGGAUAAAGAGGGAUGAUCCGAAAUAUGUAAGUUUAACAAUAAUGGAAAAUAAAAAUCUUCAAGAGCAAACUGUAAUUAGUGAAAAAUUAACCUUAUUGGAAGAGGAAGAAAAAGAUUACUUUGUACAAUUGACAACCGCUAUUAAGGAAUAUCAUGAUGCGCAAACAAUGAAUUCUCAAAGGUACAAAUAUAUAUCUAUAUUGGCAUCUGUGAUUGCCGCUGUAUUAUCGCUAAUAUGUUCAACGAUAUAUAAUAAUAAAAGAAUAGAUGAUAUGAGGAUAGCUAUAUCAGAGGUACAAGAAAACAAUAAAUCUGUCAUUACGAAAUGUUUCAAUUCUUUGCAACUACACGUCGAUGAAAAAUUAUCAGCAGUAAAUAAAGAGGAAUCGCAAGCUACGAAUAGAUACUUUAAUGCUGACAAAUGGGGUAUCUAUGUAAUUUCGGCCGUUUGGAUUCUAAAAGGAUUAAUCGGAUUCUGAAGAAGCUGGGCUUUUGUUAAACCAUUUCAUUCUACGUUACUUUCAGUACUAGGCACACUUAGUCAUAUUAUCAUGAUAAUAACUUAAUUUCUCUUCUUAUUUUAUUAAAUAUUUAAUUCUGUAUUUAGUAGAAUUAUCAACAUUUUCAGAACUUUUUAUAGACUUAAGGUAAAUCUUGCAUUGGUUGAAAUACUAAUUCAAGAAACUAUUUUAUUUGCGCCCUUUUACAGGUCCUUUUUAUAAUUUAGUAUUAAUGUAUUAAACGGGAGUAUAUUUAAACGAUAUAAAGUUCCGUCUAUGUAUAUAGGUGAUUUCCUUAUGUAAUAAAUAAAUUAAAUCAAAAUAGGGAUACGCA